UCCAUAUCGUGAGUUUCUACCCUCUACCCUCAGCUUCCGUCCCCGCCGCCAAAUCCUUAGCCGCCGUCGCAGCUGCUCAAACCCUAGACGUCCUUCACCGCCUGUCCAUCCAUUGGACGCCACCAUCCGACCGCAGAGACAGAAUGGUCCCGUCUGAUCCGUCGCUGAUGAGUCGCUGAUCAUCGGAUCUGCGCGCGAUCCAGAUGAAUAAACACCGCGAUCCAGACGAAUAAACACUAUCUGGAUCGCCGAUUGCAAAUACAUACUGUUCCCGUGUGACCCCUCUGAGAUCAGCAGCUUUGGACCGGCGUGACCAUCCCAGGUGGUGAAGCGUCUCGUUCUUGCAGGUGGCGGCCCUCGUAGACGGUGUCAUCAGCAGCAACAUCUGGCAAGUGCAACGACUUUGCAGCUCACAACUCCAGUUCCCAGCCUGAAAGUGACAUAAACAACAGGUGGUGAAGCAUCUCGUUCCCGGUGUCAGAAUAACCAUCAAGUGACUUCCACUCUACGAGUCUGGGGUUGGUGAAGGCCCUCGGAGACGGUGUCAUCAGCAGCAGCAUCUGCCAAGUGCAGCGACUUUGCAGCUCACAACUCCAGUUUCCAGCCUCAAAGUGACAGAAACAACAGGUGCGUAUGGGUAAUUCAAGAAGCAAGGUGGUUGAUCAGCAAACAGAAGAGGAUGUUACUACGGGCCUUACCAGCUCUACAAUAGUUGAAGAUAACAAUGCAAGCGUCUUACCCAUGUCUCAAAAUGUUGGGGAAAACUCAGCGGUGGUUCCAGAUGAGACGUUGUCGCUUUCGGACGGAUAUCAAACUGUGGAAAUUAACAAAUAUGUUAACGAUGGAUCAAGUUCGGUGCAUACUAAAAACGAUCAUGAUGCUUCGUUGUUGGGUUCGAACGAGAUGACUCUAGAUGGUUUCACAAUUGUAGCUGGCAAAAAUGCCAUUGGCGGUACACCUCAAAACGAAGAUAUCAAUGUUGCGACACAGCUAACAGACGACAUCAGGUCCCUCGAUCAAGUCCAUAUAUCAAAUGGACGAUUGAACACAGAAAGGCCUGCAGCUUAUCAUGAGAAACCAGUCCAAUAUGAUGUUCAACAGACAUCAUUUCCGAAAUCUGAUCAUCUGGAACUUAACAACACAUGGAGGCGGGAAUCUUAUCGCAUUAGGUCAACACAGGGUUUCAUACAAAAACAAGUCGAUAGCCAUAUGCUUCAACGUCGUACGCUAGGUGAUAUCACGAAUGUUCGUCAACCUAAUCGUGUGAUCUCGGCCGAUAACUUGAAUGUCACUAAAGAGAAUGCGGCAAUAACGGAAGAAGCACGCAAAAGAGAACAUAGAAACGCACUGAGGAGAGCUUCUUAUCGGGGGAAAAAGGAACGGGGUCUCCAAGAAGAUAAACUCCGGACCCAUGCGCAGCCUGUAACAGAGAACCUUCCUAGCUCCGCCCAUACAACGUUAUCGAUGUCUGACACAGCAUUUACUGUUACAACUACGGAGACAUCCGGUCUGGUUAACGACAAUGAUCUACAUGACGUUGAGGAGACUAUACUUGAAGAAACUUGUCAUAUAAACGAGGAAGAUCGCAAGAGAGAUCAUAGAAAUGCACUAAGGAGAGCAGCUUAUUGGAGGAAAAAGGAAAAGAUGAUAGCAGACGAAAAUAUAAGUGCAAUAUAUAAUUCAGCAUCGAUGUGGCUGAUGAUAGACAUGAUGAACAAGAUAAUAUGGAGCUGCAACCUGAUGAUAUUGGUCAGCUGGAACAAGAUGUGGAAGAACAGAGCCGAAAUUGGAUUGUUGGUGAGGGAUCUGCACCUAGACGUAAGAAACUAAAGAAACAUGAUUAUAUUCUGCCUGUUCAAUUCCCAUCCUUGCUUUCGUCCAACCAUUUUCAUAAUCUAAUUCGACGUCGCGAGGUGCAUCACAUCCCUCAUGCACAUGUCCCCUCCGGCUGAGAUAUCCAGCGUGGCACGGGUUCAAGUGCAUCAAGGAAAGAUGUUUGGGGUACGAACAACUACGAGCUUCUGCAGGCACAAACGCAGGUGGUCCAGAAGCACAUUGAAGGAUGUGACAAGAAGCCAUCACCAGCUGAUAAGGACGAAGCAUAAGUAGAUCUACAAUAAUGUUGAGAUGAUAGGUUGUUUUUUUUCAUCCCGUGUAACCGUUCGCACUUGAACAGUAACAAAGUGUCAUUUUGAGUUCAUUUAUGGGUGCUACGUGUUGGCUCAA